UUGGAUGAAGUGCGUUGGGCUGGCUAGUCGAUCAGUGAGAUUGCCGCGAACAGGUUCGAGAUGAGGCUGCUCUACGCGUUAAUGCUGGCUGCUCAUGUAGUGGCCAACGGGGAAAACUUAAGCGAGGACACUUGGUACACGCGGGCAGUGAAGCGCCAGGCCAAGGCUGCUGAAAUCGCCAGCUUCAUGGAUCAAACCGUGGAUCCGUGCCAGAACUUCUACACCUUCGCAUGUGGCAACUACGAUCGCAUCAAUUCAGCGUCGAGUCUGCAUUUGGUUUCUACCGGAUUAUUCGACACCUUGACCAAGGGCUACAACCGCAAGAUCUUGAAGAUGCUGAACACUCCGUCGGAUGAGCAUGACACCGCUGAAGAUCUGCAGGUGAAACACUUCUACGAAUCAUGCCUCAAGAUGAAAGAUCUGUUGCCGAAGUACGAUGAGAAGCUAAGGAAGAUCAUAGCCGAAUUCGGGACGAUGCCAGUGCUCGAGGGAGACUCCUGGAAGGAGGAUAACUUUGACUGGGUGGAUACCACAGCCAGGAUGGCCUACAGAUACGGAAUAUCACCGCUGAUCGGCGUGGACGUUUCUAAGGACUUUGCGAAUAACAGCAUCAAUAGAGUAUACUUGGGACAGCAAGAAUUCCCUCUGACAUCUCGCGCCAUGUACAUAAGCAAUGAGACGAAAAUCUAUCGGACUAAGUACGAGUCCACUAUAAAGCGUUAUCUGACAACAUUUCUGGGAGUCGAGAAAGCGCUGGCGCAACAAACCGCCGAGGAGUUAAUCAAUUUUGAGGUGGACCUCGCUCACGGAUUGGUGGACGAGUCUGACGGCCAGGACAUCAAAAAUCUAACCGAACUGAUGAGUGUGGCUGAGAUUAAUAAGCGUUAUGCCCCCACCCUGGACAUAUCGCGUCUGGUCUCCAUCACCCUGGGCGAAGAGUUGACGGACGACAUCUACGAAUUCAGCGCCUCCUAUCAGCGUAAUCUGGUGGAGGUUCUGAAAAGAACUCCCAGCCGAACCGUGGCCAACUACAUUUACUUCCGCCUCAUUUACGAAUUCAUUGAGACGCCAUCGGAUACCGCCCAGAAACAGAAAGAUGACUGUGUGUCCAACGUCAAAAAAGUAUUCGCCAAAAACCUGGAUAAUAUGUUCUACAGGCGGUACAACAAUGAUAAGUCUUCCGCCGAGAUAGAAUCCAUAUGGCGCCAGCUAAAAGCGACCUUUAGGGAGUCGCUGCGAUCCAGUCCGCUGCUAGACUGGAUCGAGCGACCCAUACGGUAUCUUGCCAUUGCAAAGCUGGAGGCCAUGACUCUACAGGUGAACAACUACGUCGACCAUAACUUUACCGCGGAGUUCGAGGGUCUGAAUCUGCAGAGCACCGACUACGUCGAGAAUGCCCGCCAGAUUCAACUUUGGGCCGCUCGUAAUUUUCGGCAGAAGCUCCACCAACCCGCCGAACCUCUGGAUGCCGGGGAAACACUUAGCUAUACGCCGGCCAAUAUCCUGAUAGAGAAUGCCAUCAAGGUGCCGGUGUCGCUACUGCAACCCUUCUACAUCUGGGCCGAUGUCUAUCCCAAUGCGAUCAUGUUCGGAUCCCUAGCCUACUUGAUUGGCCACGAGCUAAUCCACGGCUUCGAUGAUACCGGGCGGGGAUUCGACUCCCAAGGCAAUUCACUUGAUUGGUGGGACGAAAGGUCGAGCAGCAGCUUCCAGGAUCGGCGGAAGUGCUUUUCCAAACAGUAUGGCAACUACGCAUAUCAUGGGAUUAAGAUGAAGGAGUCCAUCGCGCAGUCGGAGAACAUCGCCGACAACGGAGGCGUCCGACUCGCCUACACCGCCUACAGGAAGUGGUACGACGAGCAGCUAAGAGCAACUGCAAAUACACUGAAUCUGGAGGAGGAGCGUCUGCCCACACUGAACUACUCCGGCUUGCAGCUGUUCUUCAUAAGCUUCGCCCAGAUUUGGUGCAACGAUGUUCAUCCCAAUGUGAGAGCUUUGCAGGUUUCCACCGAUCAGCACAUGCCCGGCGAGGUUCGAGUCAUUGGGUCCUUGGCCAACUUCGAUAAGUUUUCGGAGGUGUUCCAGUGCCCAGCGGGCUCACCCAUGAACCCCAAGGAGAAGUGUGUUCUGUACUAGAAUCUAACAAGGAUUCUUUGUGGUCCAUAAUCAUUUUGUAACGCUUUGUAAUAAACGAGAAUACUUGUGUA